CGCUCGGGAGCAAGUCGAGUGCGGACGGGCGGAAGCAGGCCGAGCCACAGCGCAAGCGCAGCGUGUUUGGUGUGUCCAGUAUUGAGUGUUAAGUGUCGCGUGUGAAUACGAAGCAAGGUCAUGGGCGGAGCUGAGUCAGCCGAAAUGGAUUCCAAGCAAAAACUAGCAGCGGCCGGCGGCAAGACGAAGGCCAAGAAGGAGACGCAGGUGAAGAAGGUGGAGGGUGGCGUGACUACGUACACGUCGGCCACGUCCACGGAGGAGAAGGCGCCCGUUGCGGACUUUGAGGCCGUGAGCGAGCAGACGAUCAACAGCAAGGGCGUCAAGACGCCCCACGAGCCUGAGACGGAGCCGAACGACCCCAGCAAGGCACCCGUCGAAGGGGAAGGCACUAAGACGGAGGUGUUCCGUACGGUGGAGCCCGAUGGAUGCAUCGUCACCAAGACCGUCAAGACGACACGACGCAAGACGAGAUCGGCUACCGGACAGCUCAUCACGAUGAUCGAAGUGGAGACGACCACGGAAACGGAAGAACCAGACGGAGAUACAACGACAUCAAUCAAAACUGAGACAACAACGGAAAUGGAAAGCAAGAGCGCCCACCAACGCCAUGAUGCCCCACAAAAGCCAAUUGCAAGCAGUACCACCGCUGCCACUCCCACCGAGUCAGUGCAAACGGAGGUGUUCCAGUCGCAGGAGGCCGACGGCAGCAUCGUGACGAAGACGGUGAAGACGACAACGCGCACGUCGACGACUGCCAGCGGCGAGCUG